AUGACCAACCCCACAGUCCGAAGAUCUGACUUUGAUUUGGGAACAUCAGUUGGCGGCAAAAGACUAGAACGGGAAAGUCCUUUCAAUGUCAGCAGCUCAGAGGCGGCGUCACCCCUAUCCACCACAAACCAAAUCUCAAAAAUAUCAGCUCACCGGCACAAAAAAGCCGAGACCGUUUUCGAGUUGAACAAAAAGGAGCCAGCUGGCGUUGGUCUUCUUUCAUCUGCCUCUUACAAACCACUCACCAAGAAACGCCGUGAUAAUAAGUCAGUCGACAGGAGCGAAACCGCAACCCCCAUCGAUCGGCAGGAAACUCAGCCCAAACUCUUGGAAUCGAAUUCGAAGCAGACAGAGAAGAAUUCGCACCUCCCGUCCACAGCAUUCAUUGCAUCUAAUCCCCCUUAUGACUUUCCAAAGACCACACCCGAUGGCAAGAAACUCAUCGACAAGAAAGUCCGUUUUUCUGCUGCGACAACCAGCGAAACUAAUAAUGACACAGAGUCAGAGAAGUCUGGCCAAACUUUGAGAGCAGAACUGGAAGGAAAACAAGUUGUUGUCCCGUCAUCGCUGUCACCUGCCAUCUGGGAUAAGAGCUCUGAGCCGAAAAUAUGGCUGAAAGAAGGCAAGCCUACUCUCUUCCAACCAAGCAAAGAGCCUGGGUACUAUACCUGUCCCCUCUGGUCCCGGCAGUACCCGGAGAUCUUUUCGGAUGAUCCAAAGGUGAACCCCUAUGCAGCUAACUGCGCGGCAAGUAUCAUUACUGGGGAUGACAGUCAAUCGUCUUCUACUUCCAAUGCGGCAAACAAUAACACUUUCACCGCAGGAAGAAAAAAAGCCGAGGAAGUUGAAUUUAGAGAUGCGGAGUGCAAUAAAAUUCAUUCGCCGCCUCUCGCCAGCCACCAAAGUAUUACAGUUCCACCCCCUACACCUCCGGGAUUCAACUAUCCGCCUGUCUAUAGAAAUCGCGUUGUCCUGGAGGUAGGCGGCCGUCGUUUUGUCUCUUCAAUAGACGUCCUUGAACGGAGUCCCUACUUCAAGCAUCUAUUCUCCGUUCCUUUUCUAGAGUGGUACCGAGACGGCAUUUUGCAUAUUGACAACGACCCUGAUCUCUUCGGACAUAUCCUUCGUUACCUGCGCACAGGAAGCUAUCCCUUCUUUUGGGAUGCAUGUAACGGCUUCGAUUAUGCAAUGUAUGCCAUGGUUCUGCAACAGGCUCGGUACUACUUGCUUCCGAAGCUCGAGGCAUGGAUCAUAAACAAGAAGUAUCUGAACGUUGUGCAAACCGAGGUAUUGCACCAAAAGACAAGUGUUGGUCUAGUAAAAGAGUGGGAUUCGAAGCUGACAUUGAACGACAAUGAUUCGUACGAGAUUUCUGGUGUUGUUACGUCCAGUAGGAACACUAACGUGCAUCAUGGCGCGGUGAUGGGAUCUGAUUUUGGUAAGAUUUACAAUUCAGAGGAGCGAAGGGUUGCACUAGAGGAGGAAGCCAUGAGUGUCGAUUGCAUCCAGGUAUUUACAACGAUGAAGAAAACGGAGGUAAAUAUUGAGAUGUUGCGCUGUGAAUACGAGUCGCAGGCCCCAUGA